AUGGAGGCAUUUUCAGAGGAUGACGAGGCCGAAUCAUCAUCGGAGCUCUCACCAGAGCUGGGGGACUACCGACCGGGGCCAGCAGGGUCCUCCCCCAGACUCUCUUUCGACGCCUGUUCUGAAGGCUCAGGUGUACCAAGCAUGUGGUACAUUUUUCAUCUUAAUGAAAUCUUAACUUUGAAGAAUGAAAGGGACGAGUGGGUGGAGGGUCAAAAAGAAGUGGAAGAUGUGGUUUUAACUGCGGUAAAGGAGUUGUUCAAUCCUUCCCAUACGGAUAGCCACGGGGAAGAUAUUGACCUUCUGCUUAGACAGCUUGAUAUCCCUCAGAUUUCUAGGGAGGAUAAGAGGAGGCUAGACAAACCUUUCACCGAAGAUGAGAUUAAAAGGGCUAUGUUUAAGAUGCAUAGCUCAAAGUCUCCAGGGCCAGAUGGUUUUACUGCAACUUUUUCCAGUUGUACUGGGGAGAGGUUAAAGGAUAUUCUCCCGGGUCUAAUCUCUGAGAACCAGUAUGCCUUCAUCCCGGGUAGGUACAUGGAGGAUAAUAUUCUAUUGAGUCAUGAGCUUAUGCACUUGGUUAAUUCGAGGAAAGGCUCGAAUUUCACAGCAGUCAAAAUUGAUAUGUCAAAGGCAUAUGAUAGAGUGGAUUGGCUCUUCCUUCUUAAGGUCCUACAGGCUUAUGGGUUUUCUGGGCACUGGAUAAAAAUGAUCUCGCAAUGUGUUUCGACUGCUAGCUUUAAAGCAGUCAUCAACAGGAAGACUUCGGAGCAUUUUUCCCCCAAUUGUGGCCUGAGGCAAGGGGACCCUCUUUCUCCAUAUCUCUUUAUUUUCUGUAUGGACAUUCUAUCAAGGAUGCUUUCUCUGGCAGAGAACAUCAACCAGUUCAAAGGAUUGAGAGUCUCAAGGAGGUCCCCUUCUAUAUCACACUUGUUCUUCGCAGAUGAUGCCAUGUUAUUUUUCAAGGCAGAUGAGGAGGCGUGCUCUUGUAUUAACGAUAUUCUCCUGAGAUUUGGUAAAGCUUUGGGGCAACAGUUAAACCUCCAAAAAUCUUUUGUUAAGUUCUCUCCGGGUUUUGACAACAACAAGAGGGUUUCUGAUAGGGUGAUGUCUUGGGCCUCUCUUAAUCUUUCACAGGCGGCUAAGUUAAUACUUAUCAAUACAGUUCUGGUAAGUAUAUCAGCACAUGUUAUGAAGUGCCUUAAGCUUCCUCAAGGUAUUGCCAACAAGAUUGACUCCCUCAUCACAAGGUUUUGGUGGUCCAAUAAGGGGUGCAAAGGUCUGCACUGGGUGAGUAGAGACAUCAUUCAAACCCCGAAGAGUAUGGGAGGUUUGGGGAUUAGAGGGACUUCCACCCUUAAUGACGCUCUCCUUUUCAAACAAUCAUACAUGAUGCACCUCAAUCCCCAGCUCCUGAUUUCUAGAGUACAUGGGGGGUUACAAACUUGUGGUGUGUGCAGCAUGGCUAGGCCUUAUGAAAGGAAGGGGAUUCCUUCCUUGGGAAGGUCAAGCCUCCAAAAAGUCUCUCGGGUUUUUAAUGAUGGGUUUGCUUGGAAAAUUGGUAAUGGUAAGGAGGUGAGAGCCAUCAGUAUGCCUUGGGUGGAUGGUAAGGUCCCAAUGGUGAAUGCUAAUCAGACUCUAGGAGCGGCCAUAAGGUGGAAGGUUGAAGAUUUCAUCGACAAGGAGUCAGGGAGCUGGAAUGCAGGGAAAGUCAGGAGUUGUUUUGAUUGGGAUAGUGCUAGAACUAUCUUGGCAAUGGAGCUUCCGCAUAAAGGGGAUGAUGACUUCACUUAUUGGAAGUUUCACCCAUCUGGAAGGCUCUUCCAUGAUGGUAUUGCUGCUAAGGCUAACUUAGCAAGAAGGGGUGUUCAAGUUGAGGAAACUUGUGAUUUAUGCGGUUCUGCGCAAGCAGAUGGCCAGCACAUCUUCCGUUAUUGUUCUCUGGCUACGGACGUAUGGGGGAACUCCCCACUCUCUAUUAGCCAUGAUUCUACUGGUUCCAGCUCUCUGAGAAAAUGGAUCCAGCACUAUAUCUUGCUCUUUCAUAGCGAGGACGGUAAGCAUAGCACUCGUAACGCACUUUUCAUAGCAACAUUAUGGGGCCUGUGGAAAGCAAGGAAUGCGAGGUGCUUCAGGAAUGCUAAUGGGGAUGCGAGCUUGGUUGGGGAAUUCAUAAACCAAGCAAUGCAAGACCAUGAGGGCUUCACUCAUAAGGGGGGAAAUGAUAAUCCUGACAGGGUGACAAGGAGCGAAGACCCUGUUUUUCCACCAGGGUUUAAUCAUGUGCAGAUGGGUAGAGACCUCUCGGAGUAUGACAGCUUUAUGGUAGAGGUGGAUGGCUCAUGGGACAAGAAGACAUUGAGGGCAGGGGUUGGUUGGGCGGUUGUUGGGAAUGGGUCAACGACUAUGCCCAAUGAAGGGGGAAAAUAUGGAGCGACUUCAUCAGUGGUACAUUGUGAAGCAUGGGCUUGUCUGGAAGCAAUGAAAUGGGCCAAAACUCAGGGGAAGCAUGGUAUCCUUCUGCUUUCUGAUUCUAUCUCCCUCCUUAACAACUUGCAUGAUAAUCUUGGCAAGGAUGUUUCGAUUUCCUGGUUGGUUAAGGAAAUUAGGGAAGUGGGGGCUACAUUUUAA